CGACACUACGCUAGGCAUUUACAGCUCCGGGCGAUCCGGCUUGCUGGAGUGCUCCAAUGCCGUCCCGGCUCGAAGAGAAUGCCAGUGACGCGAAGAUGGAAUUCUGUCGACUUGGCGCGCCCUAAUUCCCACAAACCCCACAGCGGCAGCGACGUCAAUGUGGGCCAUGUGGGAUCUUGCUUACAAUUGGGGAGACACCCAUUGCUCUCGGGUCCCGGACCACGGAGCAACUGCGGCCCUCGUUGUCAAGCUUCCAAGCUUCAUCCGCCGUCAAGAGCCUAGCCAGCUGUGACGAUUACGUACGUAGCAUGUCACCGCCACUACCCUCUUGCUUGCUGGCCCGCAGCUCAGUCUCGCCGUUGAUGUCGCCCCGCGAGUGUUGGAGCCAUGUCUAGCCCCGAGCAUCUCCUGUGAUCUCCGCUCGGUGACGAGCCCUCAACGUUGCCCCGGACCAGUCACCUUCAGAGGCCAUACACGUUCACGACCAGAGGCCAGAUCGCAAAUUAGUCACCCUGUCCGAAGAGCGGCAGGAGGGCAGACAUUGUAUGCUGGCAACUUUUUUUGGAGAACGUAGCUCGAGAGCAUAAAGGAAGCAUUGGCCGGGAUAAGGGGUUGGCGAUGGAGUCUAAGACUUCAUCAAGCCAACUGCAUUCAAGUAGCAGAUGUUGUUGUCCAGGCUAGCGAGCUGUACCCUAAGAAACAAUUCUAUCAAUUUCCUGCGAAGAUCAAGCACCAUGGCGACGGCUCACAGGAUCCAUAUCACCCCCGAGAACACGGGCCUUUGGGGGGUCAGGCAGACAGACGAGGCCGCGAACAAGCUCUCUGAGCUCCUGCAGAAGGACCUCGAGCUGAACCACGUCUACUUCAACGACCGCGGGUUCCACAACCACAUCGCCCACCACCUGCUGGCCCUCUUCGGCACCGGCGCCGGGGCCGGCGACAUGCAGAAGGGCUUCGACGGCAACCUGGGCUACCAGCGGCCCGCCAGGCCCACCCACGACGGCGUCGUCGAGGACCUCUUCCGGACGUGGUCGCACGCGAGCAGGUACCUCGGCAAGGACCAGCACUACCCGGACUUCCUGGCCUUCUUCCAGCGCGAGAUCGAGGCCAAGGGGUGGGAGGCCGUCGUGUCCGAGUACCUGUUCUCCGGCACCGAGGGCGCCGAGGACCUCCUCGUGCGCCUGUACGCCGGCGUGCUGCACCCGCUGCUCCAGCUCAUGUACGGCAUGGAGUGGGCGCAGCCCGCCAUCGUGGCCGAGGCCCUGGCGCAGACGUGCGUGCACCAUGCCAACUUCAAGAAGGAGCUGUUUGCGGCCGAGAGGAGGGCCGACGAGGAUUACGGGGCCGAGGCCAGGAUGCCGAGCAUCGUGUCGCUCCUGAGGGAGGUGCGCGACCAGCCCAGGCUGCGCAAGGAGCUGAAGUUCGAGGCCGGCUAUAGCCUGCGGGACACGGUGUUCAACCGCGCCGGGGACGAGAUGCUGGAGAUCAUGAGCAAGGUCAAGGUGAGGCCUGACGAGGUGGACGAGAGGACGGCAGAGAUGUUCGACGCCAUUAUGUUCAUGGCUGCUGGUGCUUCGUUCCACCCACAGAAGAUGAACAAGUUCGAUUUCUUCAUCAUACACCACUUGAACUCGGCUCCAUUCCACCUCACCAUCAACUCCCAGUCCUGGAUACCAGCCGAGACCAAGGCGCGGCUGCUGGAGUGGAAGAUACGCUACGACUUGGUCGAGUACGCAGCCAGGGCCGUCCCCGAACUGUCACUGGACCACAUCAAGGGAUAUAAACCCAGGGAUCAAGGGAGUCCUCUUUCUAUAGCCGAGGUCGCCUCAAGGAUCCACCCCAUGCCCGACGACGGCCACGCCAUCAAGCUGGCAAGGGCGGUGGGGGUGUGUGAGGAGCUCACCAAGAAGUACCAGGAUAAGGACUGGGUGCUGUUGAAAGGGGAGGACACGUGGUCCAAGAUCCACCACCUCGUGAUCGACUCGCUAGAGGGGCCCGGCGAUCACUGGGUGAGGAGCGCCGGGCUGGAUGAGGCGUGGACGGAAGUGCCAAAAUUGUAAACCUGCAGGCGGGCCAAUGCCCUUGUUCUCCUGCAGAGGACCCUAAACAUCGGAGUUCUUGGACUGGAAGAGAGCUUUUGCUUGAGGACCAUCGCGACAGUCGCUACUUCACGGCCAGUGCCUGCGGAAAGUUUUUGGUUGGCGCUGGUGCUGGCACACUCUAAACCCUUGUACAAUACUUUGUAUGACUAAAUCAU